AUGGACUCUAAGAGAAAGAAGAUCUUCAUAAAUGAUCUCAACAAGUUCAUAAACAGGAAGGACUUCUACAAGAGAGUGGGUAGAGCAUGGAAGAGAUGCUACAUACUCUAUGGGCCACCUGAUGAUUCUGGAUUGAGAAGGCUCAUUUCCUCUGUUGGUAAUCGAUCAAUCCUUCUUGUUGAAGAUAUCGACAGCCAUUCAAUUGAUCUGGGAUCUUCUAAGGAUGGUCUUGCUACGGGGAACGAGAAGAAAGAAGGAGGUCUGUCUUUGGCUAUGAUUUUGAACUCUCUGGAUGGGGUUUGGACUUCCUGUGGUGAAGAGAGGAUUAUCAUCUACACCACAAACCACAUGGACGACAUUGAUGCACGCCUUAUAAGGCCUGGCAGGAUUGACACGAAAGUUUACAUGGGAUACUGCGGCUAUGAUGCUUUCAAGACACUUUCUGAAAAUUACUUGGAGAUACAUGAUCAUGCCCUCUUCUCUUACAUACAGAGUAAGCUAACUGAAGUGCAAAUCACUCCAGCCAGGGUAGCAGAGGUCUUCACAAGAAACUAUGAUGUUGACUCAGCCCUUACAGAUUUGGUGAAGCUGCUAGAUGAGGGAGAAAAUGAGGGAGAAGAUGAGGAGGCUUCUAUUUGA